UUUACUAAAUACUAGUAUCGUGUAUACAUGUACAUGUACGUUAUCAUCUGGUAGCUUUACUCAACAAAACAUUGGCAACUGUACAUCAGGAGUGACGGGGAGGAAGUUUGAGAAUGGCAAUCAAGAGUGCGUUUCCUGAUGUCUUUAUUCCGGAUGAGUCCCUGGCUGAAUUCGUUUUUGAUAAAGCACGCGAUUAUGGAGACAGAACAGCACUGGUCAAUGGCACGACGGAAGAAAUUGUUACUUACUCUCAAUUCCGACAGUAUGUUAUUGCUAUAGGCAGUGGUUUACUGAGACAUGGAGUGAAACAGGGAGACAUAGUUGCCAUGUACAGCACUAAUAGUCCGGAGUUUGCCAUGAUGUUUUUUGGAGCAUUAGCUAUGGGUGCGACUGUUACUAUGGUAAACCCAUUGUAUACAGCAGAUGAACUUGAGAGGCAAUUAAAUGACAGUACAGCUUCGUUCAUCUUUACAAACGGUGAGCUUUCUCACAACGUACGCAAAGCUGUGAAACAAAUUCCAACAAUGAAGGCAAUAUUCUCCCUGGGAUUAUGUGAAGGAUUUAUUGCAUUCCAAAGCCUAUGUGAAGAUGACGGGAGUCUCCUUGAUGCACCUCGUCACAUGCCUUCGAGCAGCGUUGCGGUUCUACCAUACUCAAGUGGCACAACCGGUCUCUCAAAAGGAGUUAUGUUGACCCAUCGGAAUCUUGUUGGAAAUAUACUGCAAUAUAGCUAUAACCAAUUCGUGGUUGAUCCGAAACCUCAUGCGGACGUAAUGCUUGGCCUGCUACCGUUUUUCCACAGUUUUGGGAUGACAGCAACCAUGUGCGUUGGUAUGGCACUCGGGGUGAAGGUCGUUACCAUGGCGAAAUAUGAACCACAGAGAAUGCUUUACUUAGUGGAAAAAUAUAAGAUAACUAUUCUCCAGGCAGUUCCACCUAUUGUCCUAUUUUUGGCUAAAAGUGAGAGUGUGAGUAAAUAUAACUUAUCCAGUCUCCGAGUCAUACAGAGUGGCGCUGCACCACUGGGAAGUGAUACAGAACAAGAAGUCAUGAAGAGGCUGCCUACAUGUGUGGUUAUACAGGGAUAUGGAUUGACGGAAACGAGCCCAGCGUGUUUCAUGGCCCCGAAGAAUUUGAUUAAGCCUGGUUCGAUUGGAGUGCUGUGCCCAAACACAGAAGCUAAGAUUGUUGAUCCUGAAACAAGAUCGACUGUUGGACCGGGUAUAGAAGGAGAAGUUUGUUUAAGAGGUUCGCAAAUAAUGAAGGGCUAUUUCAACAACACAGUUGCAACAGCUGCUUCAAUCGACACUGAUGGAUGGUUCUCCACGGGUGAUUUGGGAUAUUAUGACGACGAUAAACACUUUUUCAUAGUAGAUAGAUUAAAAGAGCUUAUCAAGUACAAGGGAUAUCAGGUUGCCCCGGCAGAGCUCGAGGCAUUGCUUGUUGCGCAUCCGUCAAUAGAGGACGCUGCUGUGAUAGGAGUUCCACAUGAAGAGGAGGGAGAAUACCCAAAGGCAUAUGUAGUACUGAAACCAGGCCAUGAAGUAUCAAAGGCGGAUAUCAUUACACACGUUAAUAGUAAACUUGCAUCAUUUAAACAUAUCCGCGCAGGGGUUGAAUUUUUAAGAGAGAUACCCAAAUCUAACAGUGGAAAAAUACUAAGACGCAAACUUCGGGUACAUGCAAAGAAACAGUUGCAGAGUAAACUCUAGUUGACAAGUUUACAUCAUUGUACAGGGAUGGAGUCGUUAAUUAACUAUGCGAGAUUCAGAUUACAACUCAAUUGUGAUCCUGACGGAGAGCCUCAGUAUGUCUGGUCUUCAAUGCAUGGACUUCACAUACAUUAUGUUUGGGUAUUUAAAAAAAGGAAAAACUACAACCACAUGGCGUUAUUUUAAGCAAUAAAGACAUUUUUGCCAACCAAGUUUGUACUAUAAGGAAUGCAAUAAUAGGAUUGCACAAUCAUCAAUUUAUA